CAGAGAGAGGAUCUGGUGGCAGUGCCUGGGAAAGGGACAGAAGAGCACAGAGCCCGCACCGUUUCGCAUUGCAGACAUCAUGGGUGUCGAGAUCGAAAUUAUUACUCCAGGAGACGGUAGGACAUUCCCAAAGAAGGGCCAAACAUGUGUUGUCCACUAUACAGGGAUGCUGCAGAACGGUAAGAAGUUUGACUCAUCCCGAGACAGGAACAAGCCUUUCAAGUUCAAGAUUGGACGACAGGAAGUGAUCAAAGGUUGGGAGGAAGGAAUAGCACAGAUAAGUUUAGGCCAGAGAGUAAAGCUGACCUGCACACCUGAUGUUGCAUAUGGAGCCACAGGGCACCCCGGAGUCAUCCCUCCAAACGCCACUCUGAUCUUUGAUGUGGAGCUCCUGCGGAUAGAGUGAUACAUGCGGAGAACAGGCUGGCCAGAGAUCUCUCAACACCACCAUCAUCCUCUUCCUUUAUAUUGCGCCAGCUCACUGGCGGAGCAGACUGGCAAUCACCCCUUUUUGAGAUUUCUGCUCCUGCAGUGAGAAGGUCAACAAGUCUUCACAGGAAAGCCUAACUGUACAAAGGCAGUAAAAUCAUAUGAUGCACUCUACACUUGCAGCAUGGGGCUUUGUAAAAUCAGGAUGGGCUGAAACUAGUAAUAUGUAACUAUUGUGGAUUAUUAACCUUGUAUCUGUCUGUUAGUUUUAUCUGAGAAAAAAUAUACUCAAACUUUGUUGAGGAUUUUCUUUUCUUUUUUUCUUUUCUUUUUUUUAAAUAGUACUCUGAAUCUUGGAUUUUACCACAAAAAAUAUGGCUUCUGUGAUGUCAAGAUAUGUGAUUCUUCUGGUUGCCAUGAAACCUAAAACCAGCCUAUAUGUCUAUAUAUUACAAGGGUACAAAGUACAACUUUUUCUAUUUUAUACUGUAAAACCGUUUUAAAAUGUUCUUUAAAAAUUAAGGACCAUAUUUGUCUGACACAUGACAUUCUAUGGUGUCUUCCACAGGCUAAUGUUGUCCCAUGACAGAUAUCUGUUCAGUGAGUAGAUCAGAAGAAAUACCCUGCUGUUAGUUGGUGCACAUAGGGAUUGACACUGUACUAAAACAAAUGUAUUUAAUCCAUAUGAAAAAGCUGUAUCUAAAUGUGUUUGUUUUGGCCAGAAAAAAAUAAGAGCUAAAAGUGGUUUAAAUUGAAAUUAAAGCUAAUUCAUAUAUAUCAGAUAGGUACUUCCUGUUAUUUCUCGAUGAACAUAUAUAUCACAUAGGUACUUCCUGUUAUUUCUCGAUGAACACAUAUAUCAGAUAGGUACUUCCUGUUAUUGCUCGAUGAACAUAUAUAUCAGAUAGGUACUUCCUGUUAUUUCUCGAUGAACAUAUAUAUCAGAUAGGUACUUCCUGUUAUUUCUCGAUGAACAUAUAUAUCAGAUAGGUUCUUCCUGUUAUUGCUCGAUGAACAUGUAUAUCAGAUAGGUACUUCCUGUUAAUCCUCAUUGAACAUAUAUAUCAGAUAGGUACUUCCUGUUAUUGCUCGAUGAACAUAUAUAUCAGGUAGGUACUUCCUGUUAAUGCUCAAUGAACAUAUAUAUCAGAUAGGUACUUCCUGUUAAUGCUCCAUGAACAUAUAUAUCAGAUAGGUACUUCCUGUUAAUGCUCAAUGAACAUAUAUAUCAGAUAGGUACUUCCUGUUAAUGCUCAAUGAACAUAUAUAUCAGAUAGGUACUUCCUGUUAAUGCUCCAUGAACAUAUAUAUCAGAUAGGUACUUCCUGUUAAUGCUCAAUGAACAUAUAUAUCAGAUAGGUACUUCCUGUUAAUCCUCAUUGAACAUAUAUAUCAGAUAGGUACUUCCUGUUAAUGCUCAAUGAACAUAUAUAUCAGAUAGGUACUUCCUGUUAAUGCUCAAUGAACAUAUAUAUCAGAUAGGUACUUCCUGUUAAUGCUCAAUGAACAUAUAUAUCAGAUAGGUACUUCCUGUUAAUGCUUGUUGAACAUUAGUAGGAAGUAAGGGUUAGCCAUUGAGCAUUAAAGAGACAUGAAUGCAGAUAGAGCAUACAAUUUUAAACUUCUUUCCAAUUUUCUUCUACCAUCUAAUUUGCAUUGUUCUCUUUGUAUCCUUGUUGAAAAUCAUACAUUGGUAUGCUCAGGGGCAGCAAUCCACGACUGGGAGCUACCUGCUUAUUGGUGGUUGCAUAUAUAUGCCUCUGGUCAUUGGCUCAUCCAAAGUGUUCAGCUAGCUCCAAGUUUUUUAUUUCCUUUUAAGUACACAGCUGGUACUGCUGUAUUCAUUAAAUUUAAAUGCAAACCACUUUAAGUUAAUGCAAAGUAAAUAUCUUAACAUGUUUAAAUGCUGCUUACUCAUAUUUCUGAUAUAACUUUUUUUGAGUACAGUGUCUGUUUAAGUUCCUGAUUUAAACUGUUCAACCUCAGAAUCUGAAUAUCCAUAUCGUAGAAUCUUCCCAGAUCUUGGCCUAGCCCCAGGGGAAAAAAUAUAUAUACACACACAUACAGUGUUCUCCCCAGGACCUUUGUAAGCGAGUGCACAACCUGGCUGAUUUUACUGACCACCUGACUAAAAUGUUGACCAUAAUUAAGCCAAAAUUAGAAAAUAUUAAAAAUGUUCAAUUUUUAUUACAAAAAUUAUCAUUAAAUACAUUUAUGUUAAAUUAUGCAAUUAGUUUGUGCUUUGGAUAGCAGAAAUUAUAUAAUAUUAGAAAAUAUUACACUGGCCCCACCCGGCUACUUCAUAAUGCCACCCGGCUGGCAAAAUAUUACACUGGCCCCACCCGGCUACUUCAUAAUGCCACCCGGCUGGCAAAAUAAUCUGUGGGGAACACUCUAUGUAUGUGUGUAUAUAUAUAUAUAUAUGUAUACACACUCUGCUGCACAGCUAAAGGGGGGCUUUUAAUGCUGUUUUCAUCAUAAUACCUUUUUUAAGUUGUGUCCGUGUUACUGUCUUUAAGAUUAAAGCUUUUGUUAAUUUAAAAAAAAAAGGACUACAAAUUAAACAGCAAGUCUCCCUACAACGUUCUCCCAAAGUUGUAUAUUUUAUUUGUCUUUUUUUCCAAGAGGGUCCAGCAAGUAAUUGCUUUGCACUGGAAACAAAACAAAAAAAAGUUUGUUUUUAUUUGCAUGUGAGAAAAAUUCACGAUAGUAAAUUAAUUAAAAGCAAAAAUCAAACCACUGCCUUAUAAUACACUUGGGAUCAAUAAAGAGGUGCUCAGAAUACACUGUGUAUGCAAAGUACACAAAUGGGCAUUAGCUAAUGGUUUCUUGCGCUACCAGUUUGACUCAAACGUGUCAGUUCUGCUGCUGUUUUAAGAAAGCCUCUCCUAUGAAUAAGUAUAUAAAGAUCUAUAUAUAUAUACACAAUAAAAAACAAUAAAACAUUCAUUACUUUACAA